UCCGCCACCGGGGCCCCGCUGCUGCCACUACCGCCCUGCCCCGGCACCCUGGGGAGCCGUCUGAGGAUGGUUCCCCCACCACCUGUCAGCAAGCCCCAUGUGUGCAUCUCCACUGUGCUCAUCAUGACCAGCCUCAUCCUCAUGGAUGCUUACCUGGUGGAGCAGAGCCAAGGCUCCAGGAAGUUGGGCAUCUGUGUCAUGGUGGCAGUGGGUGACAUGUGCUUCCUGCUGGUGCUCCGCUACGUGGCCAUCUGGGUUGGGGCAGAGGUAAAGACAGCUAAAAGGGGCUACGCCAUGAUCCUCUGGUUCCUGUAUGUCUUUGUUCUGGAGAUCAAAGUCUACUUUGUAUACCAGAACUAUAAAGCUGACCGGAAAAGCCUGGAUCUCAUAGCCCGCAAAGCACUGACCUUGCUGCUCUCCAUCUGCAUCCCAGCCCUGUAUGUGUUGUUGGUGGCCACAGAGCACAUGGAGUACGUCAGGACAUUCAAGAAGAAGGAAGAUCUCCGCAACCGCCUCUUCUGGGUCAUUGUGGACAUGCUGGAUGUGCUGGACAUCCAGGCCAACCUUUGGGAGCCCCAGAAGAAGGGGCUGCCACUCUGGGCUGAGGGCAUCAUGUUCUUCUAUUGCUAUAUCUUGCUCCUGGUCCUCCCUUGUGUGUCCCUCUGUGAGAUCAGCAUGCAAGGGAUCAGCAUCAUGCCGCACCGCAUGAUGCUAUACCCUAUGCUGAGCAUGCUCACUGUCAACAUCACCACCAUCUUCAUCCGAGGCAGCAACAUGAUCUUCUUCAGGGACGCCCGGGUCUCCAGCAUUUUCAUGGGCAAGAACAUGCUGGCCAUUGGGCUGAAGGUCUGUAUGUUUGUACAGUACCAGCGACACCAGCACCAUGCAUCCCUGGGGCUGGAUCUGGCCCUGCAGCACAGCUCCCAGGCGCAGACCUCCUCAGGACUACACAAGUCCCGGGACCAGCCUGCCUGCCCUGAGAAGCUGGCUCAGGACAACACAUGACAAGUCAGCAGGAGCCACAGCCUGGGCACUGCCAUGCUUGGCCAUACCUGCAAAUGAGGUGGGCUGCUAAGCACCCCACCUGGACAGAGGGCAAUGAGCUAGCUCCCUCCCUCCCUGAGCAAGGCUGCUCCAGUACCCAAGGGUCGCAUGGCAAGAGUCCCCCCUAGCAGCUUCUGUCAGGCUGCAGAGCAGUUUGGGACCUCAGCACCCCACUGAUAUGGGCAGCAGAGCAGAGAAGGAGGCCAGGUUUGCCUGCUGCACCCUGUGUUUGGCUGAGGCCCAUCAGUGCUCUCCACAGCACUGCCACAGCCAGGACUCAAGCCAGAGGGCUACUGAGAGACACUGUGGGUCACCUGCACCACUGCUGGGGUUGGCCCUGGCUCCAGCGUAGUGCUUGGCAGCAGCCUUGAGUCCUGUGGCAUGAGCCAAGGGUCCCUGUGCUGAGGGACUGAGGCAUGGGCCCCCCUCUGCCUGUCACCCCUCUUGGCCAUCUGCAGGUGUGGGGGGGCUCAGAGAGAAUGACCGUCCUUUUUGUAUCUCCUUCUUUGCAAUAAAA